AUGGAAGAAAAACCCGUUGGGAACACAGCCUAUUACAAGAACACGUCCGAAAACGUAACAUCACGGACAUCUGAUGUAAAUACUGUAAAGUUUAACGAUAUCACUUUGUGCAUCUCGCCGACUAAGAGCGAGAAGGCGCCUCACGGACACAAUGAAGAAGAACACGAAUGUUUUUGCCGUAUUAAUUAUGAUAAAAUAAAGGAAACGUUACUAAACGCCGUCCACCGAGGUGCGCUUCCCGUUGUCGAGGCACUUUUCGAUGGCAAUAAUCUGGAUACUGCGUUCUUGGAAGGUGAACAAGGUGGUUAUUAUUGGUGCAAAGAGAAUUUCCCACCGCUCAUUGUUGCGGCACAAAAUGGCAAUUCCGACAUAACGAGGUUUUUCCUGUCGAGAGGAUAUGGCAUUGAAACACCACACGACACCCAAUGUGCUUGUGAUAGAUGUCACCUGGACUAUUUGAAAACGUCGCAAAAACGCUUGAGUCUAUAUAAGGCUCUUGCAAAUCCUAUUUGGAUAGUAAUGACCUCCGAAGACCCUAUUCUGACAGCAUUUUCCAUGAGCACGAAAAUGAAAUCGCUGGCGAGUCAGGAAGACGAAUUCGAAAAGGAGUACAGCGAUCUUUACAAGUCCAGCAAACAACUGGCCGUGAGCUUACUCGGCGAGUGCUACGGUUCAAAUGAACAGGAGACGAUUUUGCACUACUCUCACAAAGAUAAUACGCAAGCAAUUAAUGGCGACAGACGACUGGAUUUGCUUAAAAUGGCUAUUUCUAUGCAUCAAAAAGAGGUAGGUUUGAACUAGUAGAAACUUUAUGCACAGUCUUCAUAUUCUUCAUGAAAAAUCAUGACAAAAUGUUUUGCUAAAAACUUGGAAUGCUUAUGAUAUUGCGGGUGGUCAGUCGACAUUUGCCUGUAUAUAUUGAUAAAAACAGUCAGCAUGCACUAUUUAAUGAUAAAUAUUCAUUAUGCUUAUUGACACAAUGAUAUUACAAUGUGUAAACACUUA